AUGAGGGCAAGAAGGCGUGGUCUCCACGCGAUAUUCACGUUCGAUAGCCCGUCCUCGUCCACCUCGAGGCCUUCUAGAUCAGCGCCUCACUAUAUUCUUUGGAGUCUUGUAUCCCCACAUUCAUAUAUCGCCUCCUCGUGGCCUCCGGGGACGAAAUUCGCAACCCGGGAUCCGAACAGAGACAACGCCACGGGCUCGAUAGAACAUUCCAAAAGGGUUUCUGUUACAUUUCGAAAUCGCCCAGCUGAGGUCUUGAAAGGCAGCCAUGGCUUGAAGAGUCUCAUGCAAUGGCGUUGGCGAGCCACGCGAGUUGCGCGCUCAAGAUUCGGCCGCGGAGAAAUUGGCAAUAAAUUACGCCGUAUGACAGACGAGAGAGGCACACACAUAACACGCACACACUUAGCGAACACACACACACUUGGCGGAUGA